AUGGAAAGAAGCCUGAAGAAUGUCCUUGUGGUUUCUUUUGGAUUUCUGCUUCUCUUUACAGCCUAUGGAGGUCUGCAGAGUCUGCAGAGCAGCCUGUACAGUGAGGAAGGCCUGGGGGUGACGGCACUCAGCACGCUAUAUGGCGGGGUGCUCCUGUCCUCCAUGUUCCUCCCGCCACUCCUGAUUAAGAAGUUUGGCUGCAAGUGGACCAUCGUCAUCUCCAUGUGCUGCUACGUGGCCUUCUCCCUGGGCAAUUUCUACGCCAGCUGGUACAGCCCGCACAGCUCCCACCCUGCUUCUGGGUCAGGCCUCAGGUUCAGCUGCCCGAUGACACCCCACUGCAUCCACUUUAACAUGAGUGCUGCUUCCUGA